AUGAAUAUGAAUAUGAAUAUAAAUGAAAAAAAGAAGACAGAGAACAAGGUCAGAAAUGGAGAAAAAAAUGAAAAAAAGGAAAAAUCUAAAAAUAAUGAUUUUGAUGAAAGUGCUAACAUGGAGAAUAUAAUUAAUAUAAGUGAAAACAGAAUGGAAAUAAAAAAACAAUUAAAAAAAGAAAAUUUGAAGAAAGAAAAAAAUAUAAAAAUAAAUGAAAAUAAAAAUAAUAAUAUAAAAUCAAAAAAAAUUAAUGAAACAAAUAAUCAUGGAGAAAAUGAAAAGAAAAAACAAAAAAAUUCAAAAAAAUUUGACAAUAAAGAAAACAAUGAAAAGAUAGAAGGUAAUACAUAUAUAAGUUACACAAUAUAUGAAAAGAAGAAAAAAAUACUUAAUAAAAAUAUAGAAGACGUAAAUAAUGUAGAAUCUGAAAUAAUAUAUAGCAGUAAAAAAAAAAAACAAACAAAAUGUGGAAAUAAUCAAAAAAUUGAUAAAAAAAAAAAAAAUGAAAUAAAUAAAGAAAAUAGCAUAGAUAUUGAAAUAGAAAAUGAAAAAGAAAAAGACGAAAAGAAAAAUGAAAUGAAAUUAGAGAAAAGAAAAAAAAACAAAAAAGGAAAAGAAAAUGAAAGUGAAAAAGGAAAAGAAAAUGAAAGUGAAAAAGGAGAAGAAAAAGAAAGUGAAAAUGGAAAAGGAAAUGAAAGUGAAAAAGGAAAAGAAAAGGAAAAUGUUAAAGAAAAAGAGAAAGAUAAUGAAAUAGAAAUAGAAAAAGGAAAAGAAAAAGAAAAAAGAGGAGGAAAAGGAAAAAAAAAGCAAGAUGAAAAAGAAAAAGAGAAAGAUAAUGAAAUAGAAGUAGAAAAAGGAAAAGGAAAAAAAAAGCAAGAUGAAAAAGAAAAAGAGAAAGAUAAUCAAACAGAAGUAGAAAAAGGAAAAGGAAAAAAAAAGCAAGAUGAAAAAGAAAAAGAGGAAGAUAAUCAAAUAGAAAUAGAAAUAGAAAAAGGAAAAGGAAAAAAAAAAGAAAAAAGAAGAGGAAAAGGAAAAAAAAAGGAAAAUGAAAAAAAAAAAGAAGAAAAAGAUAAUGAAAUAGAAAUAGAAAUAGAAAAAGGAAAAGAAAAAGAUGAAAUAGAAAAAAAAGAAGAAAAAUAUAGUGAAAUAGAAAUAGAAAUAGAAAAAGGAAAAGAAAAAGAUGAAAUAGAAAAAAAAGAAGAAAAAUAUAGUGAAAUAGAAAAAGAAAAUGGAGAAGAAAAUGAAAAAGGAAAAGAAAAGGAUAAAGUAAAAGAAAAAGAAAAAGAGAAAGAUAAUGAAGUAGAAAUAGAAAAAGGAAAAGAAAAAGAAAAAAGAGGAGGAAAAGGAAAAAAAAAGAAAGAUGAAAAAGAAAAAGAGAAAGAUAAUCAAACAGAAGUAGAAAAAGGAAAAGGAAAAAAAAAGCAAGAUGAAAAAGAAAAAGAGGAAGAUAAUCAAAUAGAAAUAGAAAUAGAAAAAGGAAAAGGAAAAAAAAAGCAAGAUGAAAAAGAAAAAGAGAAAGAUAAUCAAAUAGAAAUAGAAAAAGGAAAAGAAAAAGAAAAAGAAAAAAGAAGAGGAAAAGGAAAAAAAAAGGAAAAUGAAAAAAAAAAAGAAGAAAAAGAUAAUGAAAUAGAAAUAGAAAUAGAAAUAGAAAUAGAAAAAGGAAAAGAAAAAGAUGAAAUAGAAAAAAAAGAAGAAAAAUAUAGUGAAAUAGAAAUAGAAAUAGAAAAAGUAAAAGAGAAAAAUAAUGAAAUAGAAAUAGAAAAAGGAAAAGAAAAUGAAAGUGAAAAAGGAAAAGAAAAUGAAAGUGAAAAAGUAAAAGAAAAUGAAAGUGAAAAAGGAAAAGAAAAAAGAGGAGGAAAAGAAAAUGAAGAGGAAAAAGAAAAUAAAAUUGAAUUAGAAGAUAAAAAUGAAAUAGAAAGAGAAAAAGGAAAAGGAAAAGAAAAAGAAAAAAAAAGAAAAAAAGAAAAAGAAUAUAAAAUUCAAUUAGAAAAUGAAAGAGAAAAUCAAAAUGAAAAAGGAAACAUAAUUGAAGUAGAAAAAGAAAAAGAAAAGAAAGAUGAAAAAGAAGAAGAAAAGAAAGAUAAACAAGAAAAAAAAGAAGAGAAAGAUAAUGAAAUAGAAAAUGAAAAAGGAAGUAUGAAAGAACAAAUUGUAGAUAAUAAAGAAAUGCUAAAAAAAAAAAAUGAUACCAAGAAAAAAAAGGAGUACAAAAAAAAGAGUGACCAAUGUUUAGAAAAAGAAACAUUUUUAAAUACUGAAAAAAACAUGAAUAUUAAUAAUGUAAUAGAAGAUAAUAAAAGUGAAUAUAAGGGAGAAGAUAGUAAUAAAAAGGUUGAAAUAAAAAAAAGCAUAGAAAAAUCAAGUAAGCAUAUAUUAACUAAUGAAAAUAUAAGUAAUAUGAGCAUUAUUCCCAACAAUAUACCUAUACAGGACAUUAACGAAGAAAAAAUAAAUGUUAACAAAAGAAGGAAAAUAUAUGAAAAAGAAGGAAAUUUGAUGAAUAAAAUAAAUGAAAUGGAUAAUUCAGAUAUAUCUACAAAUGAUAAUAAAAAUAACUCUUUAAAUAAUCUUCCAUAUUUUUCAGAAAAAAAAAAAAAAAAUAUUGAAAAAAUAGAGGAAGAAAAAAAAAGGAAAAAAGGAAAUAAAAUAGAAGAUAUAAAUAAAAUAAAACAAACAAAAACGAUAUUAAGUGAAUCAGAGGCAAAAGACAAAAUUUUUAAAUACAUGAAGCAAACAAAUAGACCUUAUUCUGCUAUUAAUGUAUAUGAUAAUUUACACGGAGCUAUUAGCAAAAAUUCCGUUCAAAAGCUAAUGGAUGAAUUAAGUGUUGAAGAAAAACUUCAAUGCAAAGAAUACGGAAAGGCAAAAGUUUAUCUAAUUAAUCAAAAAGAAUUUAAAAGUUUAGACAAAGACGAAAUUAUCAAAUUAAAAAAGGAUAUUGAAAUAAUAAAAAAACAAACAGAAAUAGUUAAAAAUGAUUAUGACAAUUUAUUAAAAAAAAAAAAAAAAUUAAUCCAAGACAUAGAAUUAAUUCAAAAUAUUGAUAAAUAUAAAAAUUCACUAGAAGAAAUUAAAGAAGAGAUAAUAUACUACCAAGAAGCAAAUAAAAACUGUAAAUUAACUAUUGAAGAAAUUGAUAAUAUUAAAAAAAAACAUGGUUACUUGCAUUAUAUUUGGCUUAAAAGAAAAAAUUUAUGUAUAGAAAUAAUUAAAUGCUUAGCUAGUUUAACCGAAAAAGAUACACAAGGUGUUAUUUACCAUCUAGGUAUUGAUGUAGAUGAAGACGUAAUUCCACAUAAUUUGUACCUUUAA